GUAUUGAACAGACGGUUUGUUUUUUCAGCCUCCGGUAAUUUCAAUGAUAACGGUUUCGUUUCUCUUUUCGCCGAGUAGAAGAAGUAGAGUUAUUUCGCAUCGUUGCAUCACCUCCGGGACGUUGAGAAACCGUUGUUUGUAGGUGGCUGGCUGUUUUUUUUUCUUUUCCCGUGCUUCGGCCUCUUUAGCUCGCCAUGGCUCUGCGUGAGGGUGUCGGAGCCAUGGCUUUGCCCAGCGAGCUUAUCGUCCACAUCUUCUCCUUUCUGUCGGACCGGGACAAGCUCCGGGCCUCGGCCGUGUGCUCCAGGUGGAGGGAGUGUUUGUUCUACCCCGCGCUGUGGACUGAACUCAAGCUGCGGGUACGCGGCGGCUGCACCGGCUGCUCGGAGGACAGCCAGAGGCUGGAGUUCCUCAUGCGGAAAUUCGGCUCCUUCGUUCGGGAGCUACAGGUCGAGCUCGAGCUGGCGCCGGCGGGGAUUUGCCUCAGCCCGCUGAACGGUGGCUCUCCCGUGGUUGACCAGCCUGCUGGUGACGCUAGCGGCUCUCAGCUCCCCGAGAGGUGGAAAGACGCUAUGGCCGCCUACUUGGAUGAGGCGCUGUGUGUGUUUACCAGCAUCCGGAACAACAGAAACCUGCAGAAGCUGAGCCUGUAUGGAGACACAUGUAUUUUCCACCAGGAGGUAUUAUUGGACAGCUCCAACCUGCACCAGAUUCACCAAGGGGACAAAAAGAUCAAUGAAAUCCAACAUUUGUUCAUGGAGGUGUUGUCGAACAGCAGGCAGCUCAGGUGGUUGUCCUGUAACUUCAUGCUGGGUCUGGUGACUCCCUGCUCCUUAGCCUGCCUGUCUAAUCCUUCAUCUGUGACUCUGCAGCACCUCGGUUUGUUGGACCACCAGCAAGGUCGCCUCAUCUCACCGUCAGAGUUGGAUUGCCUCGCUAAUCUUCAUUCCCUUGCGUUGGACUUUUCUGAUCUGACGUCCGAGCUUUGUGGCUUGCUGGCAUCUCCAAGCCGUAGUCCGCUACAUCGCCUCGCUCUGUUACUCAAUGGUACCACUGUGGGGUUCAGAGUGUCAGAAGGAGCAGUUACAGAGGAUGACUGGAAGGCACUGAUCCGUGUAAGUGCCAACCUGCGCGUGUACAUCAUGGCGCUGGAGGUGGACAGCUCUGAGCUCCUCCAGGUGUUAAAGCCUAGCCUUCCUCUAGAGCGCCUCCACCUGGACAAUUACAGUACGCUUGUGACAGAUGCCACCUUGGAUCUCAUCUCUCAGCAGUACAACAAAACCUUGACUCAUUUCCUGCUCCUGAGGGAUGAGUGUGACUUUCCUGACCUCAGCACCAAUCGUAACGAAGACCCUCUGGUCCUUCUUGCUUGGAGAUGUACUCAGCUGUCUGUACUGGUCAUACAUGGCUACAUCGUGUGGUCUCACAACCUGGUUGCCAUCUCAAGGCUGCGUGGUUCCAGUCUUCGUGUCCUGACUGUGUCUGCAGAGAGCAUAGAGUUUGACCCAACCCAGGCCAUCUGUAUGGACGGAGACCCGCUUGUUAACAUGGUCGAAGAGGUUUCGCUGGGCCUCGACCGGGUCUGGCACCCGUGCCUGGACUCCAGCCUGGUUUUGUGUGAACCCACCCAGCACUUCCACCAUGAGCUAGAAGCCUUCAGCACAGGCAUGUAGGCAUGGAUGACCAAUCCAACACAUCACUGCAUAAAGUGUGUCAAGACCAGGCCAGAUCAAUGGGGUCAGAUCAAAAGGGGAUCAGAGUACGAUACCUAAACUCAGUCUUAAAUUUAUGUAUAAAUUACAUUUAUCUGAACUGAUGUGAGCUGUUUUUAUUUUUCUUUUUUAUUGUGAAUAUCAUUCUUUUUUGUUAUCUUUCCUGCUUGCAUUUCUCUGAAGGAGUUUUUAAGCCCUCAUUUAAGUUCCACCAGUUUGGUUUUCCUGUUUUCUUGCUUUGCCAACUUGUAUUUAGUCAGUUGAUAGCUUUUAGAAACCGAUUCAAUAUUUUAAUAAUUUUGUCCUUCCAUUGAAAUGACCUUAAAUUAAAAUUUGAUCUUUCAUACAGUCCAGUGAUCUCUGAUUUCCAGCAAUACCAAAAUCACUGGCUGAGAAUCUGUCGGCUAAAAUUUGCGCCUGCUUUUGCAUGGUCCACACUCUGGUCUGGUCUUGCGCUGUCAAAAAGAUAAAAAAAUAAAUCUCCAUCUUAAUACCCUCCAAAGCCCCUAUAUAAUGUCAUUU